CAUAGUCUCAUCCACAGGCUCAACUAAUACAGUACAGAGAGACAGCGUAGGCUAGUGGACGAGACUAGCUAUUACAGGGCUAGCUCUGGUCCAGAGUGUUAGUGAACCUUCAGGAUGGCUCAGCGUUAGCAAGCCACACUAACACACCCUGGACCAGAGCUACUGCAGGGCCAGGUGCUGCUGUUUGUCAGCUCUAACACCCUGGACCAGAGCUACUGCAGGGCCAGGUGCUGCUGUUUGACAGCUCUAACACCCUGGACCAGAGCUACUGCAGGGCCUGGUGCUGCUGUUUGACAGCUCUAACACCCUGGACCAGAGCUACUGCAGAGCCUGGUGCUGCUGUUUGACAGCUCCAACACCCUGGACCAGAGCUACUGCAGGGCCUGGUGUUGCUGUUUGACAGCUCUAACACCCUGGACCAGAGCUACUGCAGAGCCUGGUGCUGCUGUUUGACAGGUCUAACACCCUGGACCAGAGCUACUGCAGAGCCUGGUGCUGCUGUUUGACAGCUCUAACAGGGUGGGUGGGGCCUUACCUAAGACUGCCCCUUCUCCCCAAGUGUGCACUUGUUUACUUUACUUUACUUAUUUGAAAUGAAUAUAGGAAAUAUGGAAACUUCCUCUAGCCUAUUGUCCAUGGCUCCACCAAUCAAAUGCUUUUACGUUUGUGGGGAGUAGUGAAGUGCACCCUUCAGGAAGAAGGAGAGAUCAUUAGGACGUGACCAAUGUCUAAGGUUACAGCCUCCUCCCAAAGCAAACACCUGAUUGACUGACAACAGUUGAACACACCUGGAUUAAACCCCACCCACAGCACCUUUCUAGGAACUCACACCUGUCACCUGGCCUCUGAAUACAGGAAGAGAGACAGACUGACUAGCGACCGAAGCUCUGAACACCUGGCCUCUGAAUACAGGAAGAGAGACAGACUGACUAGCGACCGAAGCUCUGAGCACCUGGCCAGGAACAAGUGGGACAGGGCAUGGCAUCUACCAUCAGCCUCGUCUCCGAGAGACACUUCCUGUGCCCGCUGUGUCAGGACAUCUUCAGCAGUCCCGUGACUACUCCGUGUGGCCACAGUUUCUGUCAGGCCUGCCUGUGUGGGUACUGGACCCGGCACCGUUCAGACUACUGUCCCCUCUGCAAGAGGUUGUUCCAUUCCAGGCCAGACCUUAGUGUCAACCGCAUCCUGGUUGACGUCUGUGACAACUACAGGAAGACACGGCCUGAGAGCCUUGAGGAGAGCCACGACACGCCACAGGUUGUAGACAUUGACCAGAUGAUCCAGGAGAGACUGAAGAAAGUUGACAGACUCAGACACUCCCUGCAGCUCCUCAAAAACUCGUGUGUGAGGGAGGUGCGUGAGAGCCAGAAGGUGUUCUCUGCCCUCGUCAGUUCCAUGGAGAAGAGCCACAAGGCCGUGGUGACAGCCAUUGAGGAGAGACAGGGGAAGGAGGAGAGGAUUGUUGAGAAGCUGGUGAAGGAGCUGGAACAGGAGAUUCAACAGCUGAGGAGUGGAGACUCUGACCUGGGGCCUUGUCAAUCUCAGCAGAGCCGUGAUGAGCUCUGUGGUGGAGGUGGUCAGAAGAGUGUUGCAGUGAGCACCACUUCCACCACGGGCUACUCUGAGAGGAGGGACUGGUCCAAGGUUUCCAUUGAGACAGACCCCUGUAUGGGCGUGACCAGGAGAGCAGUAUCAGACCUGAUGGACAUGGUUAAAGGAGAGCUCUGUAGACUCUCUAAAGCUGAGCUGAAGAAAAUACAGAAAUACACAGUAGACAUCUCCCUGAGUCCCAAGACGGCCCACGCCUUCCUCUCGGUCUCAGACGACCGGAAACAGGUGCGACACACAGACAAACACCAGGAGGUCCCAGACAACCCCAAGAGGUUUGACCGCGUGUCCAACGUCCUGGGAAGAGAAUCCUUCAGCAGCGGCAGGUACUGUAAUGUCCCUCUUUAUACUUUUGCCUAUAUAAUAGCCUAUAUAAUAGCAUUCUAUAUCUAUAUAUCUAUAUUAUCAUAAAGAUCUAUGAUCAUAUAUCUAUGG